AUGGGUGCGACAACAACGUCAUACCCCGGUGAGGGGGACUGGCUGAAACACCAAAACAUGAUCCGAUAUGAAUAUCUGGUCAAAGACACGUCGCUCAAAGAUUUGGUGAUUUUGCUGAGAGCUCAGGGAUUGAAUGUAACAAAGGCACAGCUUGAGUAUAGGCUCAAGAACUGGAACCUCAGCAAGAACAUCGACAAGGAGACAUGGCAAUACAUUGAUCGGAAGAUCAGAAAGCGCAAAGAUGAGGGAAAAGACAGUGAUGUCAUACACUGUGGCAAGAGGUUGAAAAAGCUCAAGGUCACGAAAGAGACGAAUCGUCAUCGAGAAACCAAUAUCUUUGCUCGAUUCAAAACGCCUCCGCCUUCGCCUACGAAUCUACAGCUUAGCAUUUGUACUCCACCGGCAUUGCAGAUGAGCAGUAACUGGCCGUUGUCUCUCCCGUGGAUCAGCUUACAAAAUAGCAAAUGGAACAUCACGAUCAACUCUGCUGCUUCCAAGGGUGUGGCAUUACAACAUAAGCAUCAGGCUGAUAUUGCGACGUCACUGAUGAUGUCAAUGUUGGCUCCUACCAAAGACAACCGCUCUGUCACCUUGUCUAAGCUAAUAGCGGGUGCAAACAAUUUGAUACCGGAAUGGUACCCAGGAGAGCACGAAGAGACUGCUCAGAAUAUGCUCGCUGGUCCCUCGUUCAAGUCUGCCUCCGAAUGCUUCAAACUCAUGGUAUACAUGAUGUCAAAUUCGAUGCUGUUUCAGGACAGAAGACACCUGGAAUUCAUUUUCAGCCUCAUGGGAAAUGGAAGUUUAGAUACCUUGGCCGAAUUCAAGAAACUCCGGAACGAGAGCCCGACCAUCCGAGCAUUUCUUGAAAAUCUCUUUCAAUUAGCGAUUAGAGAGGUCACAUCAGUCAUCAUAAUCAGCAACGUUAAUCCCCUCUCAAAACCCCUGGCUCUCAUCGAAUGGCUCUUAGAAGUAGGGAUAGACCCAAAUUGCCAUUGCCAUGACGUCUUCCGUCAAAGCUCAGUCUUGGCCACGCCUAUCCAGCAAGCAGUCAAAGCCGGUUCGAUAGAGCUUGUCCAGUUGCUUCUACGUUAUCGCGCUCGGGCUGAUAUUCCUCAAUGCAGGACCAAUGAAACAGCCUUCGUCAACCUGGUUCUCGAAAGCCGAGGUAGCGAUGCAGGGAGAUUCCGAAUGCUGAACUUGUUGUUUGAUCAUAAGUUCCUCAGUGAAGAUGAAAUGCUCCGUGCAGCAAUUGAACUAGGCGAUACAGCAUUAAUGUUGAAGAUGCUACAACAUGACCCCGACGUUACGAGUCACGAGACCGUCUGGCUACACCCGGCAUGUCGCCGACAACAGACUCACAACCAGACAUACUUGGCAGACUCAUCAGCUCUGAUGAUGGCGGUCCAGGCGGGAGGCAUCAUGGCGGAUUAUAUGCUGGAUCACUUGUUAGUGAGACGCCAGCCUACACCUGCGGUCUUGGCAGAUGCCUAUAUAGCCGCAGCCUAUGGGGGCCAUUAUAACAUCAUUCUGCGACUUGAGGAAUUGCAUAAUUCCGGGGUAAUUUGCAACAGGGAAGGAAUUACACCUCUAGAAGUAGCGGUGGUCGGUGGCGUUCCAAGAGUGUGCAAACAUCUUCUCGAGCGAUAUGGAGGUGCAUCAACCUUGCUGUUGCUUGUCGCGGCCGAACUUGUCAAAAUCGAUGUACUACAAUUACUCAUCGACCACGGAGGUGACCCCAACAGUCCAAUUUCCCAAAAUGACUUCAAGUUGUACCAAUAUCUUGAUAUGGACUAUAGCGGCUAUGAAUUGCCGAGCUCCGUCCUCAAUAUUCUGAUCCAUGGAGAUAUUAGAAAUAGUCAUAUGGAACAGAGUAUCCUAACACUAAUCCAGAACGGAGCCUGGCUUUCGCGUGGCGACAUAGCGGAGCUUUCACGGCGUGGCUUUCACAGAUGUUUAGAAGCCGCCCUUGCGGUUGGCGGCAAUCCCAAUGAUCAAGAUGGAGGCAAACGUACAGCGCUUCAAUACGCUUUGGAUGGUACGUGGUCGUUCAGUGGCGACGGCCAGAUUACUAGGGCGUUUCGCUCUGCUGAGCUUCUGAUUGAAACAGGAGCGAAGCUCAAUGGCGGGGAAGUUGUCAGAGCCAUUGAUCUUCAGAACAAAGAGCUAAUACUGUAUCUUUUACGGCACGGUGGAACACUUACUGAUGUUGAUGGAGCCGGAAAAGGUUGUCUUGAAGCCGAGAUAAUUGCGCGAAACGACCCGUUCCUGCGAGAAGCUCUUGAGAUGCAGGAUUUUGCCAUUGAUGCCGGGCCGUUCUGUGCGGCGAUACAUCAACAGGAUUGGGAUCUUGUUGGGAGACUUUUCGAACGAGCUCACAAACCGACAAACUGCCACCUACUGGAGGGAACCGCCGUGGGCUUGGCUGCCAGGGCAGGCAGACUCGACAUCUUGGACAGGCUUCUCGCCCGAUUCACUCAUCCAUCCGUGUUAUGCUCCGCAAUCUUGCCCGUCAGGCUCCAUGAUGGGGUAAUGACAGCAAUCGAACCGUACCACGAAAGGCUAGGUUACUGGCGUGCACCCAAACAUCAAAACGGGUCGAUACUUAUCACGGCAAGCCCUCUCACCUUGGCCGGUCUUGGUGAUGAUACUUCUGGUUUCAGGGAACUUCUUCGUCGCGGUUGCUGUAUGGAUAUAGUUACCUGGAAUGUUCUUGCGAAUAGUCAUAGAUCAUAUGACUAUUUACCACUACUAACAGAGUUUGGCUGUGGGCUCGGAUCUCCCACCAAAUACGAUGCAGAGUUGGAUACGGCAUUGUGCAAAGCAAUCAAAAUGAGGCAGAACGACCUGGCGAAGUAUUUGGUGGAAGUGGGAGCAGAUGUCAACGAAUUCGACUUAUCUGUGUCUGCACGUGCAUCACCCCUCCAGUGCGCUGUGAAGGAAGGGAACAUCGAUAUGGCCACAUAUCUUCUUGAAACGGGAGCAAACGUAAACGCCCCUCCGGCCCACAGCAAAGGCGCAACUGCUCUCCAAUUCGCCGCCAUAAACGGCUACAUUGGGUUUGCACGGCAUCUGAUCCAGCUCGGUGCCCGAGUCAACGCAAGGGGGCCCAGCAGAUUUGGCAGGUCUGCUCUAGAGGGAGCAGCAGAACAUGGGAGGCUUGACAUGCUUGCGCUGCUGAUCCAUCAUGGCGCUGUUACAACGGGCCAAGGGCGUCAGCAGUUGGUCACUGCUGUUGCAUAUGCUCAGUCGAUGGCGCAUCACACUGUAGCUGAGUGGCUGAAGGAGAAGUGUGGUUGGGAUGGCGCAGACCAGCAUGCAUUACAGCGUAGCGAUGUGAAUCAGGAGACAUGGAUGGAGUGCCUGAUGUCGUUUUGCUGCGACGAGUACCAUGACGACAAUGUUAAGUGCACCUACCAUUAUUCUGAGGAGCAAAGGAAGGAUCAUAUUAGACAGUGCUGGCGGUGUCUGAGAGUACAAUUGAGAGAAGGUUAUGAAGAUGGAAGUGACAAUGACAGCAUUAGUAGCUUUUCCGGUGAGGAUGAGGAUAUAGACAUGGAGGAUGAUGAGAGUCAGCAGUACAUCUGA